AUGGUACCAGUCCCAGACGAGUCCUCCCGUGCCGAUAUCACCGCCCGGCUCGACUCGCUCGCCUCCGCCCUGGAGCAGCAUCCGCAAUGGACCCCUCCGAACCCGCACCCAGCCCUCCUCCAGCUCUGGGACUUUGUCAAGCGAAGCCACUACAUCAUGACGGAGCUGGAAAACAUCCGGACGGGCAGGCCGCUGAAGCACCCGGAUCAGAUCCCGCCUCACGAAGACGCCACGGACAAUGAGGAGAGGGCCCAGAUGUCGUUCACCGACGUCCUCACCCGGACGCUCACAAUCAACAAGAUCGUCACCACGCCCUCCAUGAUGGCCAUCAUGGGCCAACCGAACAUCGAAUUCGGGGACAGCGUCAAGACCAAAUCCCAGGAGCUACAGGACGCCAUACUAUCUAUCCCAGAGUAA